AUGACGGGUACCAUCGGCAAUCGCUACAAAGUCUACUGCCGAGGGAAGAGCAAAAGCGGGAAAAGUGCCGCGGGCAGCAACAUCAUUGUGAACUCUGCGCCUUGUGCGCCCGGUGACUUAACCAAAAGCGAAUGGAGUGAACUGGACGAGUCGGUCGAACCAGCUACCAUGCGCCCAUUGGUUCACAGUUCAAAUUUGGCAUCGGACAGUCGCGUUCGCAUCGUCCAGUGGAUUUCAUCGUAUCGCGAUGCCAUGAUUGGGGAAACAGGAAGCAUUGGAGAGUCAGACGUUGACGCAGAGACCCGAUCUGCGCCCGGCGAUCUUGGUGGCACCCCUAAACGCACACGUGCCACAAAAUGGAGCCACAGUCGCCAAGCCUCACAAGGCGUUCCAUACCGUUAUGUCGAGAAACCUCGUCGAAUUCGUGACAUUCGCGAUAAACAAUGGCAGGAAAAACAAAAUGAAAUCAUUGAACUGGAGAUGAGUGUGCUUGCACAAGAAUCGCAGUGUGGGAUUGGGAAAUGGAGGCCUCCUCGCCUAUCAUUUCUCGGCUCACGGAAAUGGAUGAUAUUCUUGCUGUGCUGGUACUGCGCAGUACAAGGUGUAAUUGUCAAUGGUCUCGUUCCUGCAGCGAUCUCUUCAAUUGAACGUCGCUUCAAACUUAGCACUAGCACUAUGGGUCGCAUCGUACAGUUCUAUGAUUUUGGAUACGUUUUGUUUUGCAUCCCGGUGUCUUACUUCGGUGGUCGGCACAGUAAACCGGUCGUUCUUGGUGCUGGAUUAGCUCUUAUUGCUACUGGUAGUAUUUUGUUUUCUACACCGCAUAUGUUGGCGGAUAGUUAUUCAACAAAUCAGGAAAAUAAGGCCUAUGGAACUUGCUCAAUUCAAACACCCUGGAACAUUUCUGAUGCCGAUGCAAUGGCCUUAACCGCCAGUUGUGAGGCGGAAAAGCAGAACCAGCCAGGGACAUUUCGUUAUGUGGUUUUAUUUUGCUUGGCACAUUUUCUACACGGUGUAGGAGCGACCCCUCUUUACACUAUAGGAGUUUCAUAUAUAGAUGAGAAUGUAGGAAAAGCGUUGUCGUCGUUGUAUGUGGGGAUCUUUUAUUCGUUCGCUGUUUUUGGCCCAGCGGCAGGAUUUUUGUCUGCUGGCUCUUUUCUUACAUACCAUACCGAUUUCUGGCAUCUUCCCGCUGAACAGAUUCUGAGGGUAAGUGGAGAUGAAUCAGAUCCCUCAUGGGUUGGAGCUUGGUGGCUUGGGUUCGUUCUCGCCUCUGUGGUGGCCCUCGUAGCUGUGAUCCCAAUAAUCUGCCUUCCAAAGGUGCUUCCCGAGUCAUUGAAAUGGCAUAGGAACCGACUUGUCGAGACCUCCCAGACAACUCGAAGACGCACUCCUGAAUGCUGCGGCCUUUCUGGCACGAAUAAAACUGCAGCUCUCUACAGAGAUGCUCCGUCGCAAGAAGAUUCCACGUUAUUGCUAACAACGAUUGCACAUCGUGGGAGAGGUCCUCUCUGGUACAAGCUUUGGCUAGAUGUUCGACACAUACCGAUUGCCAUCUACCGAAUUCUUACAAAUGCUCCAUUUAUGUUGAUUACACUUGCCAUGGCGAUUGACAGCUUAAUCAUCACUGGUGCAUCCUCAUUCAUGUCAAAAUACCUGGAGCGACAGUUCAGCGUUCCACCAAGUAACUCUAGUUUCCUCAUCGGGUGUAUUAUGGUGCCAAUGGCGGGAGUUGGGUGCAUGAUUUCUGGCUUUAUCGUGCAGUAUUUCCGCCUGAAUUGCGUGACAACACUUAAACUAUCUGUGGGAUUGCUUUUCGUUUCACUGGUACUUACUCCAAUGUAUCUCAUCUAUUGCCCACAUGAUCCGCUUGUUGGAGUCGAAACAACUUAUCCUGAUCGCGACGGUCACAUGUCUGUGGGUAGUAACUAUUCAGAAGUAGAGCCAACAUUGCGAAGUGCUUGUAACUCACACUGUUUGUGUAGUGAAGCUGAAUUCCACCCAGUAUGCGCUCAGUAUGCGGAUGGACGGCAGCUUUCUUACUACUCACCCUGCUUUGCAGGGUGCUCGGAAGCGUAUUCUCCUAUGCAGAAGUUCUAUACUAACUGCUCGUGUGUAGUCGAAACAGCACGUCUGCAAUUGCGUCAAGUUAAAAAGGGAAUAUGUCAGUCAAACUGCAAGGGACUUCUCGGUUUUCUUAUCAUCUUUGCCCCGUUGUCACUCUGUACCUUUGCCGUCGCUGUGCCAAUCAUAUCGGUGAUCUUGAGAACUGUGGAUUACAAUGAGAGAUCUUUUGCACUUGGAAUACAAGGUAUUUUGGUCCGAAUUAUCGGUACCAUACCGGCACCGGUGUUAUUCGGUUGGAUGUUUGACGUGAGCUGUAUUCGAUACCAGUCGGAACCUUGUGGUGCAUCGAGUGGAAGUUGCCUACUCUAUUCAAAUAAGCUACUUGCUGAUCUGUAUCUUACUUUUUCCAUCGUUGGGCAGGCAUUGUCAAUGGUGAUUCUAACCAUUGUACUGAUGGUUUACGGUGGAACCCUACAAGAUGAUCCGUUGCCCGAUGUUCCGCUGAAGGAAGUGGAUCACGUUGUUGAAGAUGGUGAAAAGACGCAAACUGAAACAGCGGCGCCUCUUCUCCAUGUACGUCCUGUUAUAAUCUCAGACAACUUAAUAUGGAUGAGCCUUCUCCUUCUUAAUCUCAUUCAAAGAUUACAUCCAGCGAUACGACAAAAUACGGUUAUGUGUUUCAUUGUCAACAGACAGUGUAUCCUUGGGUACUAUUCCACGUCAGAUGGGAGACCUCAAGAUCUCACAUCUCUCAAAAUUUUGAGCAUAGGGUACUGA